AUGCCACGAAAGGACAAAUUCGAAAACAACGGAGGUUCUACAAAUCGUCGGACACACACCUACAUGUCUGCGGAAGAUCAAGCAAGCGGCAAAAAAUCGUACUGGACAGAAUUGGAGAUAACAGGGACUAUUCGAAAUCUAAGCUCCAAUCUGUUCCAAUUAACGCAUCUAACGGCUUUGUACAUAAAAAACAAUCAGUUAUUGAGACUGCCACCGGACAUUUGUAGUUUAGUGAAUUUAAGACAUCUCGAUGUGAGUAAUAAUAAGUUACGGUCGUUACCCGCGGAAUUGGGAGAACUCAUACACCUUAGGGAGUUAAAUUUAGCAAAUAACUCUUUAAGAAUACUCCCGUAUGAGCUUGGCAAGUUAUUCAAUCUCCUGAGUCUCAAUCUAAGUGGGAAUCCUCUUAACAAGGAUAUUCUUACCAUCUAUAGUGAACCAAAUGGGACAGUGAAGCUGCUAACUUUUAUGCUGGAUAAUUUACAAGUUACUACUCCUUCGCCACCUCCUCGACCGUGGAUCCCUCUGGCAAGGCCAUCAACAAAUAGACCAACAUGUAUCUUCACUGUGAUGUGUUACAAUGUUCUUUGUGAUAAAUAUGCCACUAGGCAAAUGUACAGUUACUGCCCUAGUUGGGCCCUCAACUGGGACUAUAGGAAAAAGGGUAUAUUAGAAGAAAUUAAACAUUAUGGAGCUGAUAUCAUCAAUCUUCAGGAAGUUGAAAUGGAACAAUUCUACAAUUAUUUUCUGCCCGAACUUAAGGUGGAUGGUUAUAGCGGUAUCUAUUCUCCAAAAUCUAGAGCUAAACAUAUGGCAGAAAGCGAAAGGAAGUAUGUGGAUGGAUGCGCCAUCUUCUUUAGGGAUUCGAAAUUUACAUUAGUAAAGGAACAUUUAGUUGAAUUUAAUCAAUUAGCUAUGGCUAGCGCGGACGGAAUGGAACACAUGUUAAAUAGGGUAAUGCCUAAGGAUAACAUUGGAUUAGCAGCCCUCUUGCAAACAAGAGAAGCGGCGUGGGACAACGCUCCACCAGAUUCUCCCUUUUUUCAACAGCCGAUCUUGGUGUGCACGGCGCACAUUCACUGGGAUCCAGAAUUCUGCGAUGUCAAACUUAUUCAAACGAUGAUGCUGUCUAAUGAGCUGAAGACAAUUUUGGAGGAAUCUGCGCAGACCUUGAAGGCUCACGACAUCAACACGGACUCGAGUAACAUUCAGUUAGUAUUAUGUGGAGAUUUCAAUUCACUACCAGAUUCUGGAGUCAUAGAAUUCUUGGGUACGGGGAGAGUUGCAAUGGAACACAAAGACUUCAAGACGUUCAGCUACAAGGCCUGUUUAGAGAAAGUACUUAGCUGUGAUAAACCGAAUGAGUUUACACAUUCCUUUAAACUGGCGUCGGCUUAUAAUGACGAAAUAAUGCCGUUUACCAACUACACGUUUGACUUUAAAGGUAUUAUCGAUUACAUCUUCUAUGCCAAACAAACGAUGACGCCGCUCGGAUUGCUGGGUCCCCUCUCCCAGGAAUGGUUGCAACAGAACAAAGUAAUAGGCUGCCCUCAUCCUCAUAUCUACUCAGAUCAUUUCCCACUUCUAGUGGAGCUGGAAAUGGUGCCAACCAUCACAUCCUCAAUGAAUGGACUGAUUGGUCACAGGUA